UGCACAUGAGAAACAAGAGUUUUCGUGGUUUAUUCAUAAUCAAACUUCAUGAAAUGAGUGAGAGGAAAAAGUCUACUUUCAAACUUUCAAAGUAGCUCUCUGCCCACACCGAGGCAAAAAACCUGAACGCCCAACAGCCGGGAAGGAAGUACUUGAAGCUGUCCUGCUCCGGUCUGAAUACAGGGAGAGAAGCUUGUGUGUUGUCUGACUUGCGCGUUCUUCGGAAACGUUGCCAGCUAUUGCGCUGACCCGCUAUAGAAGCGUGUGUGCGAGGAAGCCGAAUAUACUGUGGGGGCAGAGGUGAAACACCACCGAAGUUAGGCAAUCUGUACGUUUUCCAGUAUUAAUCUGCUGGGUAUAACAGCGUGUGCUCCGUGUGUGCCAGCAGUCCGACACUUGUACCUCUCCUUCAAGCUCCAUUCAUCCGACCUUCAACCUAAUUGUGCCGUGUGCUUCCUAGGAAGUGCCUCCUCUAGGCAUGCAGAAGGGUGCAACUUUUGCAUAAAUUAAACUGGCUGAAAUAGUCUCCUGGAUCAGACGGGAAUCACUGAUUUAUUGCGUGCUGAGUGUUCUGUCUGGUGAAAGUCAUGUCAUCCAUCUUGCCAUUCACUCCACCAGUUGUCAAGAGACUUCUGGGGUGGAAAAAAUCUGCUGGUGGCUCUGGAGGGGCUGGUGGCGGUGAGCAGAAUGGUCAGGAGGAAAAGUGGUGUGAAAAAGCAGUGAAAAGCUUGGUCAAGAAGCUGAAGAAAACAGGACAGCUGGAUGAGCUUGAGAAGGCAAUUACCACUCAGAAUUGCAAUACGAAAUGUGUGACUAUACCAAGCACUUGCUCUGAAAUUUGGGGACUGAGUACACCAAACACGAUAGAUCAGUGGGAUACAACAGGCCUUUACAGCUUCUCUGAACAAACCAGAUCUCUCGAUGGCCGACUACAGGUGUCUCAUCGUAAAGGAUUACCGCACGUUAUUUACUGUCGUUUGUGGCGCUGGCCAGAUCUACACAGUCACCAUGAACUUAAAGCAAUUGAAAACUGUGAAUAUGCUUUUAAUCUUAAAAAGGAUGAAGUAUGUGUAAACCCUUACCACUACCAGAGAGUGGAGACACCAGUCUUGCCUCCUGUACUAGUGCCACGGCACACUGAGAUUCUAACAGAGCUUCCACCUCUUGAUGACUAUACCCAUUCCAUUCCUGAAAACACUAACUUUCCAGCUGGAAUUGAACCACAGAGCAAUUACAUACCAGAAACCCCACCUCCAGGAUACAUCAGUGAAGAUGGAGAAACAAGUGACCAGCAGUUGAACCAAAGCAUGGAUACAGGAUCUCCAGCAGAGCUGUCUCCUAGUACUCUCUCCCCAGUUAAUCAUAGCCUGGACUUGCAACCAGUUACUUAUUCAGAGCCUGCAUUCUGGUGUUCAAUAGCAUAUUAUGAAUUGAAUCAAAGAGUGGGAGAAACCUUCCAUGCAUCACAACCUUCCCUGACUGUAGAUGGUUUUACAGAUCCAUCAAAUUCAGAACGAUUUUGUCUAGGUCUGCUUUCCAAUGUAAACAGAAAUGCUACAGUGGAAAUGACAAGGCGACACAUAGGAAGGGGAGUACGCCUCUAUUACAUCGGUGGAGAAGUUUUUGCUGAGUGCCUAAGUGAUAGCGCAAUUUUUGUUCAGAGCCCGAACUGUAAUCAAAGAUAUGGCUGGCAUCCUGCAACUGUGUGCAAAAUUCCACCAGGAUGCAAUCUAAAAAUCUUCAAUAACCAAGAAUUUGCUGCUCUUCUGGCUCAAUCUGUGAAUCAGGGUUUUGAAGCAGUUUAUCAGCUUACUAGAAUGUGUACCAUAAGAAUGAGUUUCGUUAAAGGAUGGGGAGCUGAAUACAGGCGGCAAACAGUAACAAGCACUCCUUGCUGGAUUGAACUUCAUCUGAAUGGACCUCUACAAUGGCUGGACAAAGUAUUGACUCAGAUGGGCUCCCCUUCAGUACGCUGUUCCAGCAUGUCGUAAAACUCCUUUCUCCGUUACCAGUGGGCUGAAUACCGAGUCCAAUCAACAGACUUAAUAUAACAGCUCAUCUGUCGUAGUAUCUGUGUGUGGUCCCCAUGAACUGUUUACUAUCCAAAAAGGUUUUUAAAAAAAAAAAAAAAAAAACAGCACUUGAGGUCUCAUCAAUUAAAGCACCUUGUGGAUUCUGUUUCCUAUACUCUGAUACUAGAUGAAAACUUAGUGUAUAGAAAUGCCUUCUUCAGAAAGAAGGGACAGUUCUAAAGACUCUUAAUGGUGUUUUUAUUGGGUAUAUAAUUGAGUGUCCUAAUGGUUUAUCAAUAACAUGAAUAGCUAAGUAUAUGUACAGGUAAUGUAUCAUGAUCUCAGAUAUCACAGUAUUGUGCUGUUCUACAUUUUAGUUCCCAUAAACAGAUGUUUGGUUUGUUUUUUGAUUGGGGCAAGUCUCUCAAAAUUCCAAGACUCUACUCCUUUAUUCUUUUGUAUUUUUUAUAUAAGCAGGUUUUCAAGUUGUCCUAAACAUAAAAAAAAAAAAAAAAAAAAGAGCAGACUUUCCCUGUAGAAAAGCUUAACUUUUUGCUGCCUUCUUAAAGAAAAAAAAUCCCUCCAUUAGAAGGGAAAGAAAUGUCUGAGAUUUAUCUGUGAAAUCUUAAGACACUUUAUAUGCUUAAUGGGGCCUAAAAUGAAUUCAUACUAUAAAUUCCAAGUAUCCAUCACACUAGGAGUCUACUUUUCCCUACCCAUCUGAGUUGAUGCAUCUGUUGCCAGCAAUAAUGCUGGCACUGAUUUAUUUGGGACUUUUUUGUACAUUGAAUCAUUGAAAUCAAUACUUUUUUUUUCUCAUGGAGUGAGAAUUUACCAUGGUAUUGGAUACUGGAUUAAACACACAAGGUUAUUGGCUUACCCCUUACAUCUGUAUGUUUUCAUUAAACAGAUGUCACUGAAAAAAAACCCCUUGGUUUUAGUUUUUGGAGCCAAAUACCUUAAAAUCCUUUUCCAGGGUAAACUAGACUCUUUCGUAUAGGUUCUAAAUAGAUGCAGCUUCUUAAGAUAUUUCAGUAACAGAACUUAAAUUUCUGAUCUGAGUGGCUUUGUAUAGCUUACUUACAUACCAGAUCAUAUGCAUUCAUUAUGUCAUAAUGGGCCUUGUUAAUAAAAGUAGUUGCUUCUGCAAAACCUCUAGGAUAGUGGUUGCUGAGGUAUGACCAGCGGAGGAGGACUUCUAGGUUCUUCGUGACAGUGCAUGUUAUUGUGAACCCUUGGACACUACAGCUGCACCAUAUUAAAAAUAUUCUGAAAUAUAUUCUACAAAUAAGUCUGGGUUGGGGAAGGGUUGGGAAACUGUAUAGAAGGGUUAUUCUGACUUGAAAAAUAUACAUCUUACUAACAAUCUUGUGAUCUAGCUGUCUGUCAUUCUUUUGUUAUUGUGGCAGUAGCAGGAUUGCCUUUGUCUGUUUUUUUUCCCAUUGUUUCAUCCAUUACACUAGUACUGUACUUUGUAAGUACAGCUAGUGAUAACUUAGCUUUGAGAACAAAAAUGUGGCCAGUGUUACAGCUUUUAAUCAGUUGACUGAAUUGAUGAUAGCGAUGGAUAUUUUUAUGCCAUAAUGACUAGGGCAUAGAAGCAAUACCAAAAAUCAAGCCUUGAAAAAGUGGGCCAGACACCUUUUCAAAAUUGGCAAAGCGGUUACCAGUUUGUGCUAGUUUUACCAGUAGACUAAUGUAUUGGUAGAACUUGUGAACCUAAGAAAUAAGCUUCAUGCGCGUUGCAUUUGCCUAAUAUGUGAAUACACUAAUAAAAGUUUUAA